GACGUGGCAGUGUUUACAUUUUUUUCCGUGCUGCAGAAGUUGUUGGUGGCUCGGAGGGGCCCUGAUAAGACAAAAAGAAGAAGUCUCUGCGUGAAUUUCUUCGGUGGAAUGAUCAUCUUCUAGACCACAGAGUGUGAUGAGCUUUCUCAGAUGCUUAACAGCUGCUACGUAGAGUAGAAGACAGAGAGGAGUUCUUUGGCUGCGUGAUUGUCGUUCGUGAAUGAUGCGGUUGGCCCUGCUGCCGAUGAUUUUCGCACGAAAAUUACGCAAUGCUCAAUGUUACUACAUUUUCUCAAGACUUUUUUCUGUGCCCUCCUUCUCUCUCACUCUCAUUCUAAUUCUCGCUCUUAAUCAAUCUGUCACUAGGCGGAACGUUUAGCGUGCGUCUUUUAAUCGCAGUGACAAGCGCUUUGCUUUUUUGCAUAUACCUAUCUAGUUCACAUUUAUUGCUAAAUAAAAAACGCUGUUCCUCAUUUCCGGGUAGCUAAUUUUGCGGAAAAGUUGAGUUAGGCUGUUUUAACGGGGACCUCUUUCCUUGUUUAGCUUGCACGAUGGGAACACGAGAAAUCCGCGUGGAGGAUAUUGAUGUCCUCUGCAGCGAUAGUUGCAAGAUUAAGGAUCCAGCACGUGUUGAAAGGAUGCUGAAGGAACUAGUUGCCGGUGGGACGCAACGCCUACAGGUGGUCACGGACUUUGAUCACACCAUCACGAAACAGAAGCUGGAAAAUGGGCAGAAGGUUCUCACGAGUUUUGGGAUCUUCGACGAGUGCAAAUCUCUUCCGCAGAAUUUCCGGAAGGAGAGCCGUGGGCUGUAUGAGAAGUAUCGGCCCAUUGAGGUGGAUCCCACUGUGCCGAUGCCGGAGAAAAUUCAGGCUAUGAUUGAGUGGUGGCGCCUCUCCAAUGAGCUCCUAAAAGGCUUCAAGUUUGAGGCGCGAGAGAUUGACGAUGUAGCUGUACGCUUCAAGGAUGCCCUGAGGGAUGGCACGCAGGAUCUCUUUAGUGAACUAAAUCGCCUCCAAGUUCCCGUCUUGGUGUUCUCAGCAGGUCUCGGGGAUUCAGUUGUAGCAAUCCUCCGGCACGCCAGUGUGCUCCUGCCCAAUGUGAAGGUUGUCUCGAAUUUUCUGCAGUACCAGGAUGGCAUUCUGAAUGGGUUUCAGGAGAAAUUCAUUCAUGCCUUCAAUAAGAAUGAGACAGCACUCGAAGGGACGGAAUACUACGACUUGGUUCAUUCACGCGAUCACGUUAUUCUCAUGGGAGACUCCCUCGGUGAUGCAGGCAUGGCCGAUGGGAUCCCUAAAUCAUCGCAUGUCCUCAAAAUUGGCUUCCUCUUUGAUCAUGUGGAACAGAGCCUUCCCAAAUACAUGGACACAUUCGAUAUUGUCCUAAUUGAUGAUCAAACGAUGCGAGUACCGCAGAAGAUUCUCUCUCUCAUCACACAGACGCUGUGAAAUUUUGUCCACCUUUGUACAGAUACCUCAAAAAAAAAUAAUAAACGGAUAAUUUAUUAAAACGCAGCAAAAAAAAAAA